UGAAAAUUCUAGAAUUGUUUAUAUAAUAUAAUAUGCUUACAAACAUUCUAGCGAAAAUAACUGCAGAUACAAAUUAUUAUUUGAUCAUGCUUGAGCAACACUUUUACUCAAGAAACGAAUUGCGAGACUCCACUUACAAGUUACAACUCUCAAUUUGCAUACAAUUUUUUUUUGCUUCAUUCCACUCCGGCGAAACUCUUCAGCCAGCCCACCGUUCAGUUCAGGUUCAGCACUUGGGAAGAUCGCCGGGCGGCGGCAGAAGCGACUGAUUGGGGCCUUUCCCAUUGUCCACCAAGAACGCCAUCUUCAACCCCCAAGUCGUGUGGAUUUCCAGAUGGCAAUGCAUAAACCACACUCCCGGGUUAUCAGCCCGGAACCGAAUCGCGACCCACCCGCCCGAAGGCACUCCGAUGGUGUUCCUCUCCACCGGGUCGACCAGAUUGAACUUCUUCGGAUCCGAUUUAGGGUUGUAGUUUCCGAUUCCCCUCCCCACCGCGAAGAAAUUGAAUCCGUGGAGAUGGAUUGGGUGGUUCUCGGGGGAGAUGAUGGCGGUGUCCUGCAUCACCAGCUGAACCGUCGAAUUGUAACCCAAUCUGUAAACCUUCGUCCCUCUCGUGGUCGCCAGGUUCGUCGGUGGGGUUCCCGUGUAGUUGAAGACGUGGGGCGGGUUGGCCGGGAAAUCGGUGGUGAAGACGCCGUUGAGGUUGAAGAAGUGGGCUUGUAGCAGGGCCGUGGUGGGCAUUACGAAGGUGACGUUAUUGAUUCCGGCGACCACUCUGCUGCCGUUUCCGGCUUUGCAGCUAGGGCACGGGUUGAUUCCCAGCCCGACCGUGAAGAACAGGUUGUGGUCGAUUUUUUGAGGGACGGCGGCGGGGAAUUUUUGGGAAUUGAGGCUUCGGAGUGAGUUUGUGAACUUGUUGGCCACUGCGGUGGCGUUCUGAGGAGGUGGGUUCGUCGGAGUCGUCUGGGCGCUCGACAGGGUGCCGGCGUAGCUGACCGUGGCCGUGGCGGUUCUGUUGUCGACGGCGAUUGGAGCGUCCAUGAACGGCGAGGCGGCCACCAGGUACUUUCCCGAACUCUGGUCUGCUGAAACCAGGACGUUUGUCGUCUGUCCUGGAGCGAUUAGGACUGUGUCGGUUUUGAAUGGUUUGACAUAGGUGGCGUCGACCUCCACUACUGUGAGUUUGUGGCCCGCAAUUUUGAAGAAGAGCUCUUCAUUGAGUGCAGCGUUGAUUAGCCUUAGCAUGUAGGUUUUCCCUGCCUGGAAUGGCAGUGUGAAGCCUCCUGGAAAUUGAGAGUUUACGUUUCAGAAUAUGAUCGGUUAGAACUGUAGAGAUUUUUUGUGCUGAAUGUUCUGCAGAAGAUACACAAACCUUGCGAGGCGCAGUUGGAAAUCGGGCCAGGAUGGCCAUUGAUUGUGUGGGCAUCAGAGACAUUUGGUGCCAAUCCUGAUUUUGUGGCUUCAUUGAUCACAGCUUCCGUGUCUGAUUUCCACCAUUCACCUGCAUUUCACAUUCUCGUUUCGUUAUUGCACGAGGAACUCUUUCUCCAAGUGACAUUGCAGACAUUAUUGUUUCGUACCUAAUACCACAACCACUUCUUUGUGGGGAGCUGGGAAUGGGUAAGGAACACCCAGCUUGGGCAAAAUGACGAUGCCACCAUGGACGGUAGCCCUUAGCCAGAGAAUGUGUGCGUGCCAAAGAAGCGUUCCUCUUUGCCCCGUGACGGUGAAGUUAUAUAGAUAGCUCUGCCCUGGCUGGAUAGGGCAUUGUGUGAUGUAUGCUGGUCCAUCUGCCCAACCAGUCCUCAGCUGCCUGAUUCCAUGCCUGCAUAGAUAUAUUUUGAAAAAGCGACGAACUGCAGAGUCUACCAGAGCUGGAAGGAAGCAGACCAGAACGAGAAGGAAACGAAGAGAGGAACAAGCCAUUGGGAUGUCUGUCUGUUUCUCGCUUUUGAUUUGGCCAAUUCUCCGAAUGGGCAAGUCCAGUCCAACUACUGAUGGCGUGGGGAAAACUGGAAAAGACAUCAGUGGGCCGUUAGCUCAAUGGGCAGUCCAAAUUACUUUAUCCACUUCCCCCCACAAAUUUCCUCAGAGAGCAGCUCCUCACAAUCUGUUAUUUCUUACAUUUCUGGACAGUUCCAGAAGCACCAAAAAACUCUGCCCCUCCCCUGCCAGAAAUUUCCAGUCUUUUCUUUCUUGUUCAUCUCUAGAAAUGUCUAUAUUCCUCCCUUUAUAUACCACCGCUCUGCUUCCACCCCUUCGAUUACUAGAACAUUUAUUCCUGUACAAAAAGCUUCCGACUUUGGCUCAAAGUUUUCAUCUUUGUGACAAAAUGUCUCAAGUCCUGUCAAAUUUAGGCCUUUCCUUGCCUUCACCAUCGAAAUCGAGCUGUAAUUCCCUGGUAAACCUGAAGAAUUCUGGCAGCUUCAGCAUCAAAGCCACGGCGCCAGAUGGCAGAGAUAAUCUUGACCAUUUGCAGAGAGUCAAUCGCAACAACAAGCAGCAGCAGCAGUCCAGAAGGAAAGUUGCUCCUCCUUCUGCUCCUGUAGGGCUAUGGGACAGAUUUCCGACGGCGAAAACAGUGCAGCAAAUGAUGGAUACAAUGGAGAGGCUAGUGGAAGAAGACCCACUACUGUUAGCCUACUCGCCACCACCACAAUUGUCAAUGGAGGACCUGAGAGGAGGUUACAGUAGGGGGAGAACUCCAUGGGAGAUCAGAGAAGGCGAGAGCGACUACAAGAUGAGGUUCGACAUGCCUGGAAUGACCAAGUCGGAUGUCAGAGUUUGGGUGGAGGACAAGAUGUUGGUUGUCAGGGCUAAGAAAUCGGCAGCCGGUAAGGAUGGAGAAGUAGAGGGAGACAAAGGUGAUGAUUGGUCUGCUAAGAGCUAUGGAAGGUAUAGCAGUAGGAUUGCUCUGCCUGAGAAUGUUGAGUUUGAGAAGAUUAAGGCUGAGGUUAAGGAUGGGGUGUUGUAUAUAAGUAUCCCCAAGGCUGGUUUGAGCUCCAAGGUUCUUGAUAUUCAUGUUGAAUGAUUUGUUUUUGUUUGUGACGGAUGGUUUGUAGAAGGGUUGAAGUGUAAUUAAGGUUUUUUUACCCACAAUGUCUUACUCCAGCCUACGGUCUGUAUCUAGACCGUAUAUAUGGUUUGGUCUGGGUCAAUUGAUUCUGUUUGAUAGUAAAUCAGUGUUUUGUCAAAGCCAUCGAGAUUUUCUUAAUGAAUCUUUUUCAUAAAAAUAAGGGUAAAAACAAUUUAAUAGCCAAACAUUUCACCCAAAAACAAUUUAAUAGCCAAACCUUUUCGAAAACAUUUUAUUAGCCAAAUCGUCAACUUUCCAUCU